AUGAUGGCUGAAGCAAAGGCCACAUAUAUACAAGCAUGGGAAGCAAAGAUGAAAGAGUUGAAGGUGUUUAAUCCUAAGGUUUGGGAGUGGUUGAUCAAAAUACCUACAAAAUCUUGGUGCAUACCAUGUAGACAUGUAGUUGCUGCCUUAGGCUUUAGGAACCAACACCCAGAAGAUUAUGUAGAUGACUAUUAUUCUAAAGAAACAUAUGCGGCAUGCUAUAAUUUCAAUGUUAGCCCAAUUAAUGGCCAAGACAUGUGGCCUGAGGUUAAUGUUGAGGAGAUGUUGCCUCCAUCAUACAAAAGAGGCCCUGAUAGGCCAAAGAAAUUAAGGAGGAAGGAACCUGAUGAGGACCAUAAAAAGGUAAGGACACAAACAUCUUGUUGUUGUACCAAAUGUGGUGUACAUGGCCACAAUGCAAGGAGUUGUUCAGUGUUGGUGCCUGACCUUGAAGCUCAGAAAAGAAAGAAAAAACCAAAGAAAAAUGCUACACAAAUAACACAGCCUGAAUCUGUAGCAGAACAAACAACUCAUGCUGAAAAUGAAGCUUCUACUGAACAACAACAACCACAAGAUGAACCUCUAACUAAACAACAGCAAAAAACACAAUGUGAUAUGGACCAAGAGUUUGAAAUGCUUGCAGCAAAUCUUUGUGCAGCUUUUGAAACAACACAAACUCAACCUAAUUCAAUGAUCUCACUUCCCAAACUCCAGUUCCACCUCAAGUUGCUAGUGACCAUGCUCUAG